GUUAACUCUGUUUAGUAGGGUUUUUUUUAGUACUUUAUCGUUUGUUAAGUUGGCUGCGAUUUGGCCGACUUCCUUUUCCGUGUUAGCUGUGAAAGAAAAAACAUGCCGCUAGCAAAAGAUUUACUGCACCCUCUGCCCGCUGAGGAGAAACGCAAGCACAAGCUAAAGCGCUUGGUGCAGCACCCCAACUCCUACUUCAUGGAUGUCAAGUGCCCCGGAUGCUACAGAAUUACAACUGUGUUCAGUCACGCCCAGGGCGUUGUGGUCUGUGCUGGUUGCGCCACCAUUCUGUGCCAGCCAACUGGAGGACGUGCCAAGCUGACAGAAGGCUGCUCGUUCCGUAGGAAGCCACAAUAAAAAUGGGGACGCUUCUUGAUGAACCACAAAUUAUUAAUUUUUUAAUAAACACUCUAAAAACGUAAAGAAACUACAAAUCUCUUGAGCCGUUUUUAUUCAAUACUGACAAGUGUUGUCAAUCUUAUAGGCGUCGCUUAUUGUGCUUUGCAAAUGGAGUGGAUACAAGUGAAACAAGCAACACUUCUGCGGCGGCAGCAGCAAUAAUAAAUUUGAUCAGUUCUCAACUGUAUGCCCAAGUGACAAAUAACAACAGCAACAAUGCACAAAGCAUAGGAUUGAAGAUAAAAUGGCUGUAAAUUAGUAAAAUGCUUUUAUAUGAUGAUUUUGGAAUUCCUAAUGUACACGCGAGCCUUGUUCAUUAAAAAAUUAAUGAUGUUGUGGUUACCAAUGUGAAA